CGCUACUCCUCUCGGGAGCACCUGGACUCCAUGGCACGGCGUCAGUUCUCCCGUGACCCGUUGUGCCGGCAGGUGGGCGGGGGCUCGCGGGACCGCCUGGAGCACACGGCCCACAGUCAGCACGGCUCUCGCGAGAACCUGGACCUGCUGCCACGGCGCCGUGACCCGGGCCUAGAGCGGGCCUCGCGGGAGAACCUGAGUGGCUCUCGCGACAGGCUGGACCCCCGGAGUGUCCAUGCCUCGCGCGAGGACCUAAGGGAGGGCCAGCUGGCGGGGUCCCGCUCGCAGCUCAACACGCUGCUACGCAGGCAGUUCUCCCGGGAGCUCCUGGGGGGGCCUCUGAUGGGCACACGCUCGCGGGAACAGUUGGAGCCUGGUGCGGGGGGUGGGGGAGUGCAGCCCUGCAGGGAGUGGCUCCGGACCUUGCCCCCCCGCCAGGCCUCGCACCCUGAGCAGUCUCUCCCGCCCAGCCCUCCGCCACCCAUUGCCGAGCAGCUGGAGCCCCAGGACCCCACCCCGCCUUGUAGGUACCCACCCCAUCAAGCCCCACCCAGUCGGCACACGUCCAAUGAGCACCUGGACGUCCUCUCUUCCAUCUUGGCCUCCUUCAGCUCGUCCGUGCUCGCCCCCCCAAGCCCAGCCUUGGGGCCAUCCCCCUCUCCCCCCCACUCCGCUACCUCCCACAGCAUCUCUGAAAUCUCGCCCGACUCGGAAGUCCACAGAGGUGAAGGACAGUCUUGACUCCCGAUCUCUCCCAUGCGUCAUCUCUGUACCACCACGUCUGGGAAAGAACGUGAACUACUGAAGCAUCCUGGGAUACCAGAGGACUUUCGCAGGGAGAGGAGCUGAGGUCUGAAGCGGAGCAGUAUGUGGCGUGGUUGGAUGUUGUACGGAAAAACGGCGAGCAGAAUGUCGAAAAGCGGGGGGCGUCCGACGUGGGUGUGGGCAGCUGGGGCGGGCGGAAGGGGCCGGGCUGGGCUCCCCCGUUUUUGGAAGGCAGAAGAGGAGAGCUGUCCAGUGUUUACAUAGUGCGCUAACCAUAAUCACAGGGGCGGGAAAUGGAAGCCACCAAGUUCGCAGCCUGAUGCACCGUGACCUCAGAUUUUAUAUGUGAUUGCGGAACAGGGAGGAAUGAUUCACUGAAGAAGCUGUAAAUAACUUUUUAUACGUUUUGUAUCUUUUUCAUCAGAGAUGAAAAAAAUUCUAAUGUGUUGUUUUAAAAACUGUGUUGAAGAUACUGUCCAGCAAGGGGGAUAAAGACAGGUAAGAAAUGGGAUUAUUUGGCCUUUGGAUCCACACCGAUUACCCAGCCCCAUUUAGGUCUGAUUCUGUUACCACUUACCUGUAACCAUAACCUCAACACAAACAUAGAAUGGCUGUCUUACAUCUGCAUUUUCUUCUCUUUAGUAGUAGUUCCCAGGCAGCUGUAUCUAUUAAGGGUCAGGGCUCUGGUACAGGAGGAUGGACAGGUGUACAGUAUGGACUGUUUUUGUGUGUGUGACCGUGACUUGUGGUUGGGGUUGUAGGAUCGGUGACUCUGGUUGAGGGACAGUUUGACCAAUGUGGCGGAAAAGUGUUGUAGAAAGGGGCGUGUCCCUCCAUUUGCCCCGCCUCAUCUCACACGGGCGGAGGCAGGCAGUGUAUUUUGGUAAUGUAAGUAUUCGAUAACGUAGGCAUCAAAGUCCUGCUUCUGAAUGUUGCUCGAAAACGCUGUACUAACUACACUUUGUUAAACACGAUGUGACCUCUGAAUUCCUCUGUCUUUGGCUCCAGAUGAAACUGAUAAUAUGCUGAACGGAGAUGAAGUCGACACAAUGCACCAAAUUGCUUCUCUUUGUUAAAGUUCAAACUCUGCAGCCUUAUCUUCAGAAAAGCGGGCACUCAAGGCAUCCAAUGUUAAUGUGAUUCACUAGAAAAGUCAAUGGUGAUUGUUUAUUUCAACUCUAUUCUUUUUAAUGUGACUUGGCUCAAAGAAAAACCAAAGGAUAGAGGAACAGAGGGUAGAAUUAAGAAAAAGUAUUUUAAAAAAUUGGAAUGAUGCAUCACUGCAAGGAGUGAAAGAGGAAAAACACAAACACACACACACACGCAGGGUAGAGCAGGGCUGGAGAAUACUGUUCUCUACAGACACACGCCCACACACUAAUGAUUGUGUGUCCGUCACCUUCAGCAUGUACAGACAAUAUUUAUUUAUAUAUUUUGAUAUUUGCAAAUUUUAUUUCUUUAUCUUUCAUGCUGUAUGCAUGAACCUGUGAAACAUCUUAAGGCUGUGAGUGGGUUGGCUCAGGUGAAGUGAUUCAUUUGCCCUGAUGCAGCCUGACAGGGAGCUUCAGUUUGGGGGAGAGGUUAUCAUUUAGCUGGAAUGAAAAGCAAAUUGGGAGAGCGAGAGAGAGAGAGUCCAUUACUUUAUCUUUUGGUUUGGGCUGUGUGGCUGUCACACAGGAAAGCAUUCUCCUCAGUUACCGUGGACACUGUACAAGAAAAAAUGUUGGACAUUAAAAAGAAUGAAUCAUUCCUAUAA